CAGAGCAGUCUCCUUGCACCGUCCGAGCUGAAAUGCAGAAGUAAAACAAUCCAUUCUCAGUGAUGAAGAAUCAUAAAAUCACAAGCUCUAAAGGGACCAACAAUCGUGAAGGAGAACCUUUUCUGUGAAGACAACUGGCAUGCUCUUUAAGAGACGUUCUGUGAUCUUGCAACGUGCCUCUGGGAUCUCUCUUCAUUGUGGCUUAUGAGAUAGCUUUAAAUUAAUGAUAAGGAAGCCAUUCAGGGCAUGGGCUGUGCUGAGGUUCACAGCUUCCAUUCUGAACGAGAGAAUAAAGUAAACUGAUAUUGAAAACAAGGAGGGAGAAACAAACACAGUCAGUAAGCCUAUAAAAGUCUUAGCCAAUUGCAAUGGCGAACAUCCUGCUGGCGAGGGUGACCUUGGAUGAACUAAGUGGGAUAAAGUCACCAGCCUGGACUGACGGCUGAAGAAUCAGGCUGGAUUCCAGCAAACAGAGAGCAGAUUCCUGACGAGAGCCUCCUGAGCUGUGGCGAUGGCUUCUCGGUGUCGGAAAUGUGGACAACAGGUGCCCAGGAACCCACCCUUCACGGCCGUCCGGAUAACAGAAGGGGAGAUGCAGUCUUACCAUGAUUUUAUAGGAGGAUGCAUUAGACUGGAGCGCAUGGCAAAGAGAGAUGAAAUCAUGCAGCAGGAGAUACGGCCGCUGGUUGCAGUGGAUAUCAUAGAGCAGCUCCACAGGCAGUUUGCUAUCUUGUCAGGAGGAAGAGGGAAGGAUGGGGCGCCCAUUAUAACCUUUCCAGAAUUUGCGGGAUUCAGUGACAUACCUGAUGAAGAUUUUCUGAACGUGGUCACGUAUCUCACCAGCAUCCCCAGUCUGGAGGCUGCCAGCAUCGGGUUCAUCAUCAUCAUAGACAGACGACGGGACAAAUGGAGCGCAGUCAAGGCAUCCCUGACACGGAUAGCAGGAGCGUUUCCAGGGAACCUGCAGCUGGUGUUUGUGCUGCGACCCUCCCGCUUCAUCCAAAGGACCAUCGCUGACAUUGGCAUUAAGCUCUAUCGAGAUGACUUUAAAAUGAAGGUACCGAUCAUCAUGUUGAAUUCCGUCUCCGACCUGCACGGCUACAUCGACAAAAGCCAGCUGACGCGGGAGCUGGGGGGAACCCUGGAGUAUGGGCACAGCCAGUGGAUCCACCACCGCACGGCUAUUGAAAACUUUGCAAUGACAGUAAAAACAACAGCACAGAUGCUGCAGAGCUUUGGAACAGACCUCGCAGAGACUGAACUUCCCAACGACGUGCAGUGCACGGAGGAGCUGCUCUCCGCACACACAGACCACCACGGCAAGCUGAAGGACGAGCUGAAGCUGGCUGUGAAGCAGGGGGCCACCCUGCUGACCUGCAUCAGGGAGCCGGUCACCCGCAGCGCCAACAGCAAGCUCAGCCCUGACGAACUGGAGAACGUGGCAACAGUAGAGAGGUUACUGGCUCAGUUGGAUGAAACGGAAAAGGCUUUUGAUCAAUUUUGGACCAAGCAUCACCUAAAACUGGAACAGUGCCUGCAGCUGCGACACUUUGAGCAUGAUUUCAGAGAGGUAAAACUGGCAUUGGAUAAUCUCAUGGAAGGACAAGCAGGUUUUGCUGACAUUGGAGACAGCGUGACUCGAGUGGAGCAUCUCCUCCGGGAACAGAAACACCUGGAAGAGAAAGGACAGGAACCUUUGGAGAAGGCCCAGUCUCUAGCUCUCCAUGGAGAACAGCUCAUCCAAAACAAUCAUUAUGCAGUUGACUCCAUUAGACCAAAGUGUGUUGAACUCAGGCGUAUUUGUGAUGACUUUACCAAUGAGACCAAGAAAAAGUAUGAUAUUUUGGGAAAGUCUCUUGAGCUGCACAAGCAGUUAGAUAAGGCAAGCCAAUGGUGUGAAGCUGGAAUCUACCUCUUGGCUUCCCAAGCUGUGGACAAGUGCCAGUCACAAGAGGGAGCUGAAACUGCACUCGUUGAGAUUGAGAAGUUCCUGGUAACAGCCAAGGAGCACCAGCUCUCCAACCCGAAGGAGUUCUACAAUCAGUUUGACAUGAUCCUCACCCCUGAAAUAAAGGCCAACGCCCAAAGAAUUCUACAGAAACUAGAAGAUGUACAAGAAAUGUUUGACAAGAGGCAAGUGAGCCUGAAGAAGCUGGCAGCCAAGCAGACGCGGCCAGUGCAGCCUGUGGCCCCGCACCCCGAAUCUUCCCCAAAGCGAGCCUCACCAAAGAUCACCAGACCAGCAGGAGUAGCUGCCAACAGGAGAUCCACAGAAAUUUCCUGUCCUCCCAAGUCCAUCUCUGAAGUCGAGUUAUCAAAAAAGAAAAACAUUAAGAAGACUAAAGGUGGAAUUAAGAUCGAAGUGAUGCACGAGGCCAGCCAGGGAGGGUCCAGCAGGGUGCUGGUGAUGAGCGAGAGCGACGAGAACCUCUCCUCCAGGAGGAGCCACAUCAUCAAUGAGCUGAUAGAGACAGAACGGGUUUACGUAGAAGAACUUCAAAGUAUAAUAGAGGGAUACGCCUCGGAAAUGGACAAUCCCAGUUUGGUACAUCUGAUCCCAGCUGCCCUCCAGAACAAGAAGGACAUUCUUUUUGGGAACCUCCCAGAGAUCUAUGAAUUCCACAACAGGAUUUUCCUUAAGGAGAUCGAAAACUGCAUUGAAAACCCUGAGCUUCUUGCCCGAUGCUUUUUGAAAAGAAAGGAGGACCUCCAGAUUUAUGAGAAAUACUGUCAGAACAAGCCAAGGUCUGAAGCUCUCUGGAGACAGUGUGGAGACAGCAUCUUUUUCCAGGAAUGCCAGCGUAAAUUGGACCAUAAGCUCUCCUUAGACGCUUAUCUCUUAAAGCCGGUGCAGAGAAUCACCAAGUACCAGCUGCUGCUAAAGGAAAUGCUGAAGUGCAGCAAGAAUUCGGAGGGUACUGCUGAGCUGGAAGAAGCCCUGGCCACGAUGCUUGAUAUCAUCAAGUCCGUGAACGACUCCAUGCACCAGAUAGCCAUCACAGGAUACGAGGGGGACGUUGGUGAGCUUGGCAAGUUGUUGAUGCAAGGUUCCUUCAACGUGUGGACUGACCACAAGAAGGGGCACAACAAAGUGAAGGACUUGGCUAGGUUCAAACCCAUGCAGAGACACCUCUUCCUCUACACAAAGAUGCUACUUUUCUGCAAGAAACGGGAGGAGAACACAGACGGACAUGAGAAGACAGCUUCAUACAGCUUUAAAAAUUCUUUAAAGAUGAGCACUGUGGGCAUUACAGAAAAUGUAAAAGGGGAUAACAAGAAAUUUGAGAUCUGGUAUAAUGGCAGAGAAGAGGUCUAUAUCAUUCAGGCAUCUUCUGUUGAGCUGAAGAACACCUGGAUUUCAGAGAUUCGCAAAGUCCUGACAGGACAACUGGAAGCGUGUAGAGAAGCAAGUCAACUGCACCAAAGGAUCACCGAGAGCGUAUACCACGCACCUAUGGACUCCUCCAACCCAAGCAGGUAUAGCAGGAAGUCAUCGAGUCUGUAUGAAAACAAGUCCGAGACAUCAAACGUGGAAGCAUCUAACAACAAAAACAGGAAUUCCAGUCCCAGCGCCAGACAAAAGAGAGUUGAUGCUUCCACCAGCCUUAACCUUGAGCGCACAGCGCUUGCUCGAAAGCGGUUCACAUUGCAAGGUCUUUCCAACCGCAGAGCUCCACCCAAAGAUCCGGAGUGUAAGGAGAGAGAAGUCACCCGUCGCUUUUCCCUUGCCUCCUCCAUCAGCUCUGCAGCUAACGCCUCCGCUGGCACCAAAGGUCCCCUUGUUCCUGCAGUUAAAGUCAAGAGGCAUGAAAUAAAGAGUGACCCAACUCCCCUGGGGUUUGAAGAUGCUUUUGAGAACACCAUUUUGGCUCAGACUAAAUGUAAUACCGGUUCCACCACGAGGCCCGUCCCUAGAUCUGCUUCACAGACAGGCUGGCCCGGCAGGCAGAUGCCAUCUCUAGACACCUUUGAAGAUUUUGAAGCCAUCCCCUCCAGCACGGACGAGCUCUCCAACUCCUCGGACUUGGAGGAAGAGACCAACCCCAACAACGGGACCAAUCUCUUUCGGGUGGAAGGCAGCUUUGACAGCUGUUUCCCGGAUUCUCUGACCCUGGAGGAUGGAGAUUUAGUGCAGUUUGUGCAGGAAGGAGAGAAUGGUCAAUGGCUGGUGAAGAAGCUGGUCUCUGAGAAGAGCGACUGGGUUCCCUCCAGUAUCUUGCAGCCCGCAGAGGGGGACAGUCACACCAUCAUUAAGAACAGCAAUGCAGACACGUACAACGAUUCCUGCAGCACGGCCUCCCUGGAGUCGGACACCAAGGAGAAUGAGGUGGCCAAGAGCUUCCCAGCGGAGCAGAGGGCCGGCAGCUGAGCCCUGGGACCAGCCUCCCCGGGACCCCCUCCCUCUCCGGCUGCUUUGGGUGGAGGCUGGAUCUGAGUUGCCUUUCUCAGGAGCUCUGAGGUUCAUCAUUCACUCGAACUCUGUCCGCACGAACAGACAAGAGCUGGGCUGUCCACCUGGCAAGCUGGGGAAAACAGAGUGGGAAGGAGCAUCAGAACCCACCUUCAGUGUUAGGGGAGAGAAAUGCUUCUCGCGUUGAUUAUCAAACUGGUUCAGAAGAUGUGGCCUAAAUUAGGCCGAGAGCGGAGCCGAGGAGUUACUAUGCACGCACCUUUGGGCAACUUUGCUUGAAGCCUGAGUUACCACGAGGGACACACGCGUGGUUACGAGUCCCUGCUCUGCCGGGGGGUGCCUGCAGGGUUUUCCAUUUGCUCACCUCUGGCUGUGCCUUCCCUGUCCUCCUUAACUCCAGCGGAUCCAUCACAAACGUGCCCUUUUCGCUGGUGGCCGACACCAAAAACAUCCCAUUUUAGGGUGGCUGUGGAAAGGAUGGGACCAUGGGAGAGGCUUCGCGCGGCGAUGGUGUGACUCCUUUUGGGGUGGCAGAGGGAGGACCUGCUGCCUGGGCCGGGGGUACCUCCUGGCCCUGGGCUGGAGGCGCGGGGCUUCAUGGGGAAGCAAAGGCGCGUGACACCUACUGUGACAAAGAACAUCUCGAACUCCUUUUACACUGUCCGUCGUCCCUCCCCAGUCUGUAGCUGCUGGGUCACGGCCCUUCGCCGGCGGGCAGCGAGUGGAAGGCCGUGUGCUGUCGUGUGUCGGAGUAGACUGCAUGCUUUCUGUGUGUGCCGGGCUAGGGAGUAGCUCCAUUUCACCCCCCUCUUGGAAUAUACUUAAACAUUGCAAAUAGGCAGCGAGCAUUAGAUGCUCCUGUGAGUGGAUUAAAGUGUUGGUGUUAAAUACUUCUUUCCGGGACAUUUGAUUAAGGGACUGUACCAAAUCUCUGCCACAUAAGGAUGUAACGUGUAAUAUAAAGUGAUUGCAGAUGUUAUUGUUCCUACACAAGCCAUUAGCUCAUUUAGAGCAGCUCUUAAGGCAUGAAGGCAUUUUUUGAUGGUAAUUGGGUCUCAGGACCCACACAAGCUGCUAACCCUUUAGAAACCAUCAGUAUGGUGGGGGCUGUAGCCCCAGCCUGGCAGAAAGGGCCCCAGAAGCUGGAGAACGGGUGUUUGGCUUUCCCCAUUAGGGAUUUCCUGUGUAACCCCAACCCGUGGUGCUCUGUGUAAAUAACAAAGGGGACGAAAGCACUAAAAAUGGAGACAAAGCAAAACCAAAACCCGUUCUUUAGCACCGGAGGCUCUGAGUCCAUGUAAUUUCUGCCCUCACCUUUGUGGGGACUUUCCUCCCCCGUGUGUCCCGGGGGAGGCCGGGUGUGUGAGCCAGGGGGAUAGUCCCAGCCAGGAGAAACCCUUGGAGCAGGUAAAGGCUUACUCAGAGUUUGUUUGUUUUUUUGUGAAGGCUUAUUGGUUAAUGAUGAGUUGCACUGUGGUGGUGAAUUCCCGUGGUUCUUUUAACCAUCAGUAUUGAAAUUCUGUGAUUUCUGACCCUUUUUUCAUUCAUGACUGAAGGACUUGAGAGUUCUGUACCUUUCUGGAGGCCACUUUUAUCCUAAGAGAGAAGAGCCCGUCUGCUUUGUGCUGGUCAUUUACCCCAGAGGUGAGGGCUGGGCUCUCAGGGACAGGAACACUCUCACUCUGCUGCUGUACCCAGCGUCUGGAGGGAGGGGGUGAUUCCUCCCAGUCCCCUGCAGAAAUAUGCAGUGACGCAUUCUUUCAUGCAAUUGCUUUAUCCUCUCCCUAAAAUGAGUUUGUUUUGGUUUCUGUAUUACUUUCAGUGCUAUUUGCACGGCCUGGCAACAGCACUUCUGUCCCCCCUGCCGAGGAGAGGAGGAGAGGGGUGGGGAGUUUGCACAUGGAGGAGUAUAGUGAGAGUGUGUGUGUGUGUGUGUGUGUUUGUGUGUGUGACGGGGCAGGGUUACCCUGGGCGUGUGAAACUGCCAAAAUGCGGAUUUGUGACAUUGCUGACAGAUGGAAAGAUGCAAACCUGCACUUUGGGGUUUCUCUGGAGGGAUUCGUUCCGGGGUGAGGUGUCUCUGUUGGAGCUCUCGGAGGGAAACGGGGAAGGGUCAGUGUGUUCCUGCCUCUGUGGGGGGACAGCGUGCGGCCCCCUGUCCCCCGAGCCACCACCUCUCCCUGUGAAAUGGGAGCUGUCGGGUUUCUGUCAAAUUCUGAUGCUAAAUUUUAGCCUGCCUGUAAAAACUGGGGACCCUCCAGGGGACAGCAAAGCGUUUAACCCCUUGUGUCCCACUGGGAGUGUUGGUGGUGACCUCCCGUGGGGCAGGAGCAGGGCAGAGGGUCGCUGCAGAAGCGUGUCCCCUCUCCCAGCUCCCCAUCUCGCCCUGACAGCCACAGAGGCAGGGGCUGAGUUGGAACAAUUCUCCUCCCUACUUUGCUUUUGAAAACAAAACCCCGUUUUCUUGUAAAGCCUGAAGUUCAGCGAGAGAGCGGGCUGCUGCCACCUCUGAGAGCAGCCAACAAGCUGGGACCUUCUGGCGUUGCUGAGGAGGCAAAAUGGGCCUUGGUGACUUAAACAGCAGACAGGAUGGUCUUGUAAUUAGUGCAUUUCUGCCAAGCAAGGUGAUAAUUAAGGGAAUGACUCUCCAUGCACGGUCUGGAACAGGAUUUGGUAAUGUCCAGCAAGACUGACGUGUAGGUGAAGGCACACUCAUCCUGUGUGCAGAUCUGUGACACCACCAUUUUCAGGCAGAGGGAGCCCAAAACCAUAGUUUCCAAAUAUGGAUUUCAUUUCGGUGUUGUCUGGAGAUGAUGCGGUGACCAGGGAGUCAAGUAAUGGUUGCUCCUAGGAGGGAAGGUCCAAGGUGAGUCCUGCUGCAGCAGCCCUCCUGGCUGAGCAUCGUGUCCCCACAUCGGUACCGGCUCCUGGCUGCUCCCCCCAGGGUUGGAGCAGUGAGAGCUGCCCCCCAGGCUGAGCUGGGAGGUGGAUCUCGCUGAGCUUUGGCUUCCAUCUCCUCCCUCUGCUCUGCUCCAGCUCCUGCAGAGCUGGCAGAGACCUCACCUCCUGGGACCGAGCCCUCUGCUCGCCCCCUGCGCUGGGCAACGGGCUCCUUCCCUGCUGGGAACCACAGAGAGGGACGGGCACCUGCCACCACACGUAAGUCUUGCUGUUAGUACAUCAGGCCAAUUUGCUAAAUUUUAGUAAAUCCUCUCCUCCUCUCCCGUCUGACCCCUCCGGGUGGAGGAUCAGACUGACCUGGAUCACAGAUGGUGGUGGCCAAACCAGGUCUGGCACUGGCUUUCCCUCAGGGGACGGCCGAGCCGUGUGUGUGUCCCGCUCUGGUUGUGGAUGUGAUGAAAAGCCAUUUUAUUAUCCGUAAUUUUCUUAGACUCUGAGGUUUCAAAGCGGAUUGGGUAUGAGAAGGGCCGUGCGCCGCCUUUCCAAAAAUACUCAAAGCCUGACUUCAAAUAAUAUAUGUAUGAUUAGAAAUAUAUAAGAAUAAUAAGAAAAAAAGAGCCAAAUUGUGUAUUUCUUCUUGCAGCUGGAGCUGAAAUAGCUGCUAAGAUCUAAGAUUUCCUCUCCCCAGCUGAGAAUUGGUACAGUUUGUUUUUCUUACGUAUUUUCCAUGGUGUUGAUAAUGAUGUAUUUGUAUAUUGUGGCUGACGAGAGAUAAUCAGACAGGGACAGAGCACAGAAUUACCUGUCCCUUUUUUUCCAGUCGAGACAGAAUGUAUGAGUUUAUUACAAGAAAAAAAAAGUGUGCAAAUGGACUUUCUGUAAUGAGGCCAUUUGACCUGUGUAGAACCACACUUUGUUUGAAAUUUAUAAAAAUUAUAACAAGUACCAAA